GAUAGCGAGCCCCUGAGCCCCGAUCCAGAUUGCCGGAAUUCAAUAUGACGAAACGCCCACAAGAUCCUCCCAGCGGCGAAAUCCAGCCCCGCGAUGGGUACAGUGAGUUUCCCUGUCCACGAAAUAGCAAAUGAGAACAGCAUCUAACGGUUGCAUAUAGGCAGGCCUUUGGAGGCAGGAUCGUAAAACCGAAAUCAGCCUUUCCCCUUACAUCGCCACUGCCUUGCUUCAUUACGACGGUGCGACAUACGUUUCGAUUCGGAGUUCGGCAUUUUCCUCCCUCCACGACGUUUUGCAACUUCUCGGACCGUCGUUUCGCCAUACGUUCUACCACCCUCGCCCCAUGUUGCACAAGCCCAAUGCAGCUGCAAGAGCCGCACUAUCCCGCUUCGGGUGUUCUCGAUAAGAUACGAACCGAACCGAGGUGGCUCGUGGCGCAGCAGCAGUCACCCCUUCGGUCUGAAGUCGACUUCACGGCACGUCACCAGCUUCGGCCGGACAGCCUGGCGGAAAUCGGAGGGCGCAGGCAGCCCGACCCGUCCAGUUCGGAUGCGCCCAGCGUGGGCAACAAUUCACUCGCCUGCAGCAGUACACAAGGGGGCGGAGGGCGCGCGGGUGCGCGGGCUGUGUCUUUUUCCGGUCAAGAAGGCAUCUGCAGCGAACUUGCGGACCAGCACAGCACAAUCGAAACGAGCUUUGGAGGACCUCUCGCCGCUUCUUAUCAACAGAGACGGUGGUGCGGCCGGGCCAGCCUGAUGGCCUCAAAAGAAGCCUUGUGUCUGCCCAAUGUGACAAGCCACCGCUGCGGCUGUGCACAGGGUCACGACACCGACCUCAGCCAACAGGCACCGACGUUCAUCCACCAGCUACAGGCCACCGCUAACAAACUGCUGCCUCAGUCCCGGUCUAGCUCGUGUUGAUGGCUGCUUUGGCGUGGCUUGGACCGAACGAGUGACCCGCCGGCGUUUCCCAUGGCCUCCCACACCGCGGUAAACGAAAAGAGUCAACGCUUCACCCCGGGACCCCUGAUUACGAUGCUCUCGAAGCCGCGCUAGAA